GGGUAAUUUUCCCUUACAGUGUUUGUUCUCAGUCCGAGGGGUUAGGAAGGUUGUAGCGGCUGUGGCGCAUGGCACAGACCAGGAGCAGGGUGGCUGGGGAGGACAGGGGAGCAGAGAAGGUCUCAGCAGACCCAGCUGGGGUGACAUGAAGCUCACAGGGAGGUUACCUCUAGAGCAGCAGGGCCAGCGGCGGCGCCUGAAGUCCCCCUGGACUCUGGCGGACACCAUGAACUACGUGGGGCAGCUGGCUGGCCAGGUGCUGGUGACAGUAAAGGAGCUGUAUAAGGGGAUCAAUCAGGCCACUCUGUCAGGCUGCAUCGACGUGAUCGUGGUCCGACAGCCUGAUGGGACGUUCCAGUGUUCCCCUUUCCACGUUCGCUUCGGAAAACUGGGGGUGCUGCGCUCCAGGGAGAAAGUAAUUGACAUAGAAAUCAAUGGGGAACCUGUGGAGCUACACAUGAAGCUCGGAGACAAUGGAGAGGCCUUUUUUGUCCGGGAGACAGAGCAGCACAAUGAGAUCAUCCCAGCCCACCUGGUGACCUCGCCCAUUCCCACAGAAGAGGUUCUGUUCAGGAGCAGAGAGCCCAGAUGUGUGGGGUCAGCGGCAGAAACUGGUCCGCCGCUGAGUCCAGAAGAUGCGGCCUCUGGGAACACCCAGCUCUGCUCCAACUCAGCCGGCAAGAAGAAGAAGAGGCGCAGGAAGAAGCACAAAGCUGAGCCACGCAAGGAGGAGCAAACAGCCACACCUGCAGGCGGGGAGCUGGAGCUGUGUGAGCUCAGUUCAGACGAGGAGCACAAUGCACACAAUGGACGGACAUCUUCACUCUCCAUGAUGAAUAACAACAUGGACCACAGGCAACAUUCCCCCCUCACUGCCCUCGAAUGGGACAGCUACCCUUUCUCCGACGGAGACUGGUCCCCCUGCACCACCAGGGAGAUGUCCGAGCCCAUGUCGCCCAAGAGCGACUCCGAGCUGAUGGUGAAGCCGGCAGAGAGCGUGCUCAGAGCUGAGUCGCACAUGCAGUGGACAUGGGGGGAGUUUCCAGAAUCCACCAGGGUCAACAAAAAGGACAAAACGGAGCCAAAGCUGUUGACCAUCACUCCGUCAGAGAACACACAUUUCAGGGUUAUCUUGAGCUCAGAAGCGAUGCAGGUGGACUCGGGGGAAGGAGAGAGAAACACAGAUCCAGUUUGUAGUAUUGUUAAACCAGAGCCUCGGACCAUCAAAGCCGAUCAGUGCAGCUGUGAAUCACAGCCCCCUGAAGCUCCGUCACAUCAUAGAGACAUUACAGGGCACAAACCGGAGCUUCCAAAUUCUGUGUGCAGCAGUUUUACCUCCGAGCCAUGUCCCGGUAACUCUGACCUCAACGCAAAAACCACUUGUAAGGCCAGGUGGACAUCUUCGCCACCCAGCCGCAGGGGCAGCGGCUUGGCCGCCAGUGGAGGCAGCAGCCAGGCUGAAGACUCGGCUGCAGUUUGUGCCAACACAGGAGCUUCCUCCAAACCCACAGACUCGCCCAUCAAGAGGAGAGGUGUGAGGAAGAGGAGCCAGCAUCAGGGACCUGAAGAUAUUUACCUGGAUGAUCUGAAUGCACUCGAGCCUGAUGUUGUUGCCCGGUACUUCCCGAAAAGUGAGUCUGAGCAGGUUCCUAAACACUGGGUGGAGCUGGGACGGCGCUCUGGAUCCCAGUCACCGCAGUCAGUGGGCAGCAGCGCAGCAGCAGACAGCGGUACAGAGUGUCUGUCGGACUCCGCCGGUGACCUCCCUGACGUCACCCUGUCGCUGUGCGGAGGUGUUGGUGAGAACUCAGAGAUUUCUAAAGAAAAAUUCAUGGAGCACAUCAUCACCUACAACGAAUUUGCAGAGAAUCCAGCAAUCAUUGACAAUCCCAAUUUAGUGGUUAGAAUUGCAAACAGGUACUACAACUGGACACUGGCAGCUCCGUUGAUACUCAGUAUGCAGGCUUUUCAGAAGAACUUGCCAAAGGCUACAGAGGAGGCCUGGGUGAAGGAGAAAAUGCCAAAAAAGUCUGGACGCUGGUGGUUCUGGAGAAAGAGCAGCGUGAAGCAGUCAUCAUCAGAGACCAAGUUAGAGAGACAGGAGUCCCUGACCAGCGAGAGCCCUGCCCUUCACCAGGCCCCAGAAACACAGCACAAAACAGCGGAGUGGUCCAGCGACGACGAGACCAAAGAGCUGAACUCUGCAGCACCUGCUCUGACACCCAUUGAGCGUGUGCAGACAGAAGUCCCGGCACCAGCUUCUUGUCACUCCUACAAGAAAUCCCUCCGCCUGUCCUCUGACCAGAUAGCCAGUCUGAAGCUAAGAGAGGGGCCUAAUGAUGUCACCUUCAGCAUAACCACCCAGUACCAGGGGACGUGUCGCUGCGAGGGCACCAUCUACCUGUGGAACUGGGACGACAAGGUUAUAAUCUCUGACAUCGAUGGCACCAUUACCAAAUCAGAUGUGUUUGGUCAGAUUCUGCCUCAGCUGGGUAAAGACUGGACUCAUCAAGGAAUCGCUAAGCUUUACCACUCAGUGCAUGAGAAUGGUUACAAGUUCCUGUACUGUUCUGCCCGAGCGAUCGGCAUGGCUGACAUGACGCGAGGAUAUUUGCACUGGGUGAACGACAGGGGGACUCUGCUGCCUCAAGGACCCCUCAUGCUCUCCCCGAGCAGCCUCUUUUCUGCCUUUCACAGAGAGAUCAUAGAGAAAAAGCCUGAAAAGUUCAAGAUUGAAUGCCUCACAGACAUCAAGAACCUGUUCUUCCCCAACACACAUCCCUUCUACGCAGCCUUUGGAAACAGAGAAAGUGACGUCUUUGCCUACAAGCAAGUGGGUGUGCCUGUGUGCCGGAUAUUCACAGUGAAUCCCAAAGGGGAGUUAAUUCUCGAGCAAGCCAAAGGCAAUAAAACAUCUUACAGCCGGCUGAGUGAGCUGGUGGAGCAUGUUUUUCCUUUGCGAAGUUCUCAACACAACGCCACCUUCAGCUGCCCAGAGUUCAGCUCCUUCUGCUACUGGAGACAGCCGAUCGCUGAGGUGUGUUUUGAGGAGCUGCUUUAACUCAGACUGAUAUUAAUGUUUAGAAUUAAUUACUUGAAAUCAACUUAACUAAGAGCAGUAAUUUAUUUUACGCCUGUAUGCACUGGCUUAAUACUGAUAAUAAUUCUUUAACAUAAAUUCAAUACAUCAGAAUUUGAUAUUGUCUUAGGCACAUCCUAAUUUAGUGAAAAAUAUUGGGAUAUUAAUAUAUUCCAUGUUUUUUUAGUGAAACGUCAUCUUAUUUCGGUGAAGCUACACCAGUAAGAGGUGUAGUCGAAUGCUCAGCACAUAUAAAAAACAUCACUUCUUAUAUCAUUUAUACAGUUUUUGUCACAAUGUUUCUGUGAAGAAAUUGCCUAAGCAUUUAUUUAGGCAGUGGAAGUUAAGUGGGUUAGGGUUAGGGUUAGGGUUAACUGGCGAACAUUCGAUAUGAAACUGAAAUACUGACUAUAGUGCACAUUUUCUGCCUGACAUGUUGUAUUUAGAGCCACUACUGUAUGUAGUCGUCCCUUUAAGGUCUUAUUUACUCUAUAAAGGUGUUAUUUAAUGUUUAGGAAUCUUAUAUCUUUGCUCCAAAGCUUCAGGAUUUUGCACAUUUAUGCUAAAGAAAAAAUGUGAAAUGAUUUCACUCAUAGUUAAUAGCUGCGAUUUAAAAAAAAGAAAAGAAAAAAAGAAGCACUUUCUGAACUGUAGAUACUGCUGCUAUUUGGUAUUAAGUAUUUUUCCAAAAUCAAGAUUUAGUUAGACUUAAAGUAGAAAACUAUUUUUGAUGAAUUUUGAAAUGUUUUUGCCAGACUUGUGAAAACGACAGUAUAUUAUUAAUGUUAUGCCUCUUUAUUAUUUUAUCUCUUCACGCUCAGUAACAGCUGUCAGUAAAAUUUAAAGCAUUCUUUCUAUGAAAGUGAUUAACUUUGUGUGACGAGAACACACAGUAUUUUCUUAGUCUCGUGUGGUCCAAUUUCACUUUUCAAUGAAGAACUUUUGCUGCUGCUUAAGGUGUUUUUCUCUAGGUUGUUGUGAUUACCUUGUGGUAAUCCAGUCAACAUUAUGCUGUAACAGUGUAAGCACAAAUUCAACUGUUAGUCAACUGUUAUGUUCUCUGUUCUUCAGACAGUGUGAGAGGUCACUGCUUCAAACAUGACUUAUGUAAGGUGAUGUUUAUAGUGUGUCAUAACUGUAGAUUCUAGUGUAUAUAAACUGUAUAUAUAGUAUAUUUACCAUAUGUAUUGAAUUAAUAAACUGUUCUGCCAAAA